AUGACAGUAGAGGCGUUGGUGCUCAAUGAGAAAACAGGAUCAUACGUAAGAGCACUGCUAUUCCCCGAUACUGGAGCUCAAGUGACCUUGGUAGAAGAACACGUGGCGGACUCUCCAGCACUUCCGGUCCUCCAUUCUGAACAGUGUACCUUAUCCGGUAUUGGAGGAACGGUGGACACCUUUGUCUUCCAUAAUGUUAGAAUAAAAAUCCUGAGCGUUCACGGCAAAAAACUGCAGAUCCCCUUACGGAAAAAGCCGGUACUAGUCAACGAAUUUCCAUCAGUACUCCUCACUGAGAAAGACAUCCUUUUCAUGGAGAAAAAUGACACCACUUCCAAACAGUCGAGUGCUGUGAGGAGGAAUGCAGAGACCUCAGAUACUCAUCGGAAUCGAUUUAUUCAGUUCUCUCGUCUUGAACGUGUCCCACCUAUUGUCAUGCCAUCAGGUCUCGUGUAG